AUGCAGCAGCAGCAGCAGCAACAGCAGCAGCAGCAGCAGCAGGGGCCCGCGUACCAGCCAGAAUCAGCAUCACAUACAGCGGCUGCUGCUGCUCCAAAUGCAGCAGCAGACAGCAGCAACGUUGCAACAGGGCCAGUAGCCCUAAGACAGAAGUACGAAGCAACAACAACCAGCAACAACAGCAGCAGCAGCAGCAACAGCAGCAGCAACAGCAGCAACAGCAGCAACAGCAACGGUAGCAGCGACAACAACAAUGACAACAGCAGCAGUAACAGAGACGGGAGCAACGACAGCAAUAACAGCAACAGUACUAGCAGCAACUGCAGCAGCAGCAAGAACAACAACAGCAACAGCGGCAGGAAUGGCAGCAGCAGCAGCAGCAGCAGUGACAGCAGCAACAGCUGGAGCUGCAGUCGCAGCAGCACUGUAGCAGAUUUGGCCGCAUCUGGGCCGUGCCCUUCUCCUCUGCAACUCAGCAGCAACUGCAGCAGCAGCUGCAGCAGUACUACUAGCUGCAGGAGUCCAUGCAGCAGCAGGAGCAGCAGCAGCAGCAGCAGGUUGUUGCAGCAGCAGCGGCAGCAACGCUGGGCUGAUUCAGUUGUUGUGUUGCUGCAGCGCUGCUUUCUCCUUUUGCUGCUGCUUCUCUUUUUGUGCUGCUCGUUGUUUGCUGCUGCAGUCCGCCUGCUGCUGCGCUGGGGCAGUUCAGCAGCAGUUCGAGGCUGGCGGCAGCAGCAGCUUGCUGCUGUUGCUAAGGAUGCAGCAGCAGCAUCAGCAGCAUCUGCUGCUGGUGCUCCGCCGCACUUAGUAGUUGUAUUUAAUAGCGACGAGUUGUUGCUGCUGAUGGAAGCUGAGGCCCUGUGUGCUGCUGCUGCUGCUACUGGUGCUGGUGCAGCAAAGCCAGCAGCAGCAGCAGCAGAAGAGAGCAGCGCGUGCGUUCGUCAGCUGCUGCUGCCAGCAGCAGUUGCUGCAUUUUCUUCAGGUCUGCAGCACCUAACCUUUGCUGAUGGCCCGGGGGUUUGUUCACUGCAGCAGCACAGGCAGCAGCUAAUGCUGCUGCUGCAGCAGCUAGGCUUAGAGGUCUGGGAGGCUAGUCCGCAGCAGCAGCAGCAGCAACUGCAGCAGCAGCAGCAGCAGCAGCAUCGCUUUUCUCUCCGCGGUCCGCUGGUGCUGCAUUCUCCUACCACAAUUUGCAUCCGACGCAGUCAGCAGCAGCAGCAGCAACAACAACAACAACAGCAGCAGCAGCAGCAGCAAGAGGGGCACGAUGAAGAUACGCUUAAAGUAAGGAUCUUAUGUGGCUGCAGUUGCCUUCCUGAGCUUCUGAAUGCCUUCGCAGCAAACCAGCAGCAGGCCCAGUGCAGCAGCAGCAGCAGCAGUUGCUGCUACUGCAGCAACUGCUGCGGCAACAGCUGCAGCAACGCCAGCGUCUCCCAGUGCAGCACGGAAGGCUGCUGCUGCUGCAGCGGAGGAACCUGCAGCAGCUGCCUCUACUGCAGCAGCACAGACAGCAGCACCACCUCCACCGGCUGCAAGACGACCGUCACAACAAGCAGCAGCAGCAGCAGCAGCAACAGCAGCAGCGAGCCCCAGGCAUCAGAAGAAAAGAGUCCUGGAGACAGUUUUUGCUGUCAGCAGCAGUUGUCUCCCAACGCUGCGGGAGACAACUGCUGCAGCAGUGCCUUGCAGAAGCAGCAGCAGCAGCAGUCUGCUGCUGUCGCUUCUGCGGAACACACACACAGCAGCAUUAGCAGCAGCAGCAGCAGCACAAGCAGCGACAGCAGCGGCCGGCUGUACACGCUUCCUGCUGAAGAGACAAUAAGUGCUGCUGCGGUGUAUAGGCAGCUAUCUUCUGGGGGAGACUUCCCCCCUCCGCGCUGUUUGCUGCGGCUGGAUGUGCCGCUGCUGCUGCUGCUGCGUACGGUUGCAGCAGCAGCAGCAGCAACAGCAGCAGGGGUUGCUGCAGCAGCAGCAAAGGCAGUUUGGGGUGUAAGGAAAGUAUCUGCUGCUUCUGUUGGUAGCAGAAAACAGCAGCAGCGAGUCGCUGCUGCAAGUGUCUAUCAGCUGCUGCAGCAGCUGCUGCUGGUGCUGCAGCUGCUGCUGCCAGCGCUGCUGCGGCGCCUGCAGGAACAACUGUCUCCGUUCAGGUGUAUGUCUCCUUUCACCGCAUGCAGCGUCCCCCCUCUGCUGCUGGCAGAGGCGGAGCUCUUCGGUGGCCGCGUGCAGCAGCAGCAACACCAACAGCAGCAGCAGCAGCAACGGUGGACAUACCGAGCCCCCAGUCUGUCGCUGCAGCAGCAGCUGCAGCAGCAGAAGCAAACUGCAGAUGCUGCUGUUAAGAUCUACCAGACCUUAGAGGCAUUCACAGGGAGACACCUCAGGCUAGGGCGAUAG